AGUUUAUGCAAAUGAGAAGUGUUGCCUUGGAGGCCUGGGCUUGCACUGCAGAGUAAACUAGUAGAAAGCAGCAUGCCAUCCCUCCAUACGUGAAAUUAUCCCCAUCCUGACUCCGACGCUGAGUUUCACACGGCCGACACAAGCGGCAGAGGCUAAUUCCCCGAGGACAGGAUGGGGCUUAACCAUGGAGCAGCUUUUACACUCUUCUCGUGUCUACUUUUCCAUCUCGGACGGAUCGGGCACUGUGAGGAAAAGAACUGUGCAGUGGACAUCAGUAAGAGGAAACAGGACACACCCUCAGACCUACUGGACAGCAUGCUGUGUGACUAUGACCACAGGAUACGCCCAAACUUUGAGGGUGAACCUGUCAUUGUCACCUGUGAGAUGUUUGUCAAGAGCAUUGGGAGCAUAGAGGAGAGGACAAUGGACUACAGUGUGAACAUCUUCCUGAGACAGAAGUGGAACGACCCUCGGCUGGCCUUCACCAAGUAUAACCACACCAUUGCAGUAGACGUCUCGCUCCUCAAACAACUCUGGCAGCCCGAUCUGUUCUUCGUCAACGAGAAGUCGGCAAAGUUUCACUCCGUCACAGUUGACAACAAGUUCCUCAGAAUAUCGCCUAAUGGGGACAUUUUGUAUAGUAGUAGGUUAACACUGCAGCUGGCCUGUGAGAUGAACCUAGAGAAGUUUCCCCUGGAUUACCAGAGAUGUGACAUACAGAUGGAAAGCUAUGGCUUCACAACAGAAAACCUCAUUCUUCAGUGGAAAGAGGAUAACCCUGUACAGCUGGGGAAUUCUGAGCUAUCCAAGUUCAACAUCAUCGGGGUAGACACCAUAGACUGCCCUCAAAACUACACUACAGGUACCUACACAUGUAUAGCAGUCCAGUUCCACCUGCAGAGGAAGAUUGGUUACUACCUGAUCCAGCUCUACAUCCCCAGCAUCCUCAUCGUCAUCAUCUCCUGGAUCUCAUUCUGGAUCACUAUGGAGUCUGCUCCUGCCAGGACUGCUCUAGGGAUCACCACGGUCCUGACCAUGACAACCCAGAGUACGUCCUCGCGAGCAUCUAUGCCUGAAGUCUCCUACAUCAGGUCUAUUGACAUUUGGAUGGCAGUGUGUCAGAUGUUCGUGUUCGCUGCCUUGCUCGAAUUCGCAGCCGUCAACUUCCUGGGACGCCAAGACAAACACCUUCUGAGGUCAUUGAAAAUCAGGCGAAACAAAACGAAUGCCAAGGCUGACGAAGCUGAAACUCAAGCUGCCGAGAAAUACAAGAAGCUGGCUGGCCAGUACGGAAUGGGGUCGGCCAGCUCCAAAGUCUUAGAAAACGACCACGCGAAAGCGGCGAAGAACAAGAAGAAAGAUAUUGCUGCAGUGUUUCUGAGCCGGGCCAAGUGGAUAGACAUGAUAUCACGAUUUGCCUUUCCUAUAGCAUUUCUCGUUUUCAAUGUCUUGUACUGGGGGACGUACUUGGCGACCUUUGACGAGCGCGGAUCUCCUGGCGAUAUGCUGUAGAACGUCAUUUAUACAGUGUAUACUACGACAAGCCAACCUACGCUUCUCUAUGAAAGAUAAGCACUACUGCAACACCUCUUGCGUAUGCAGCGGCUACAGUGAACUGCACAACCCAUAGGGAAACAUGAAUUGCUAUAGGAAAAUUGUGAAGAGAAGUCCAGCUUUAGACCCACUACUGCUGAAUAGUCUACAAGGUUGCUCCACAGCUGAGCCUCAUACACAGAAGAAAACCUGCUUAUUUUACAUUUAAGUUAACUAUUUUAGGUACUCUAGGAAUUGCACAUUUCAUUAAACAGAGUAAUCAAGGCAUUUUAAAUAUGUUAUAAAAACCUGGACAUCUGAGGUAUGCAUACUGCAAGGAUACAGAUG